AUGUUGCUGCAGGCCUUCGUAAAGGACUGUGCUUCCUCUUCGGCCCUACUCAGUGCUGAUGAUAAUGAUGAUGAUGAUGAUGAUGAUGAUGAUGAUGAUGCCUCGCUGUCAACCAAAGGCUGGCGCUGUCUCAUGGAUGGCUUGUUUCCUGCCUCUGCCUGUCAGCCUUAUUGCACCCAGUCGCCCGGGAGAAAAGCAAAAAGAGCGGUUCAGCUUGACCAACCCAUCAUCACACCAGCCAAAACCUACACCGUUUUGCUUGUCUCUAGCAUGAUCUGCCUCCUUCGCGAGCGAUGA